CCACGGCUGUAGUUCAGCGCUGCUUCUUUCUUGUUUCAGAUGAGUGAGUGUUACCAGGAGUCAGGAACGGGAAUUCUUUUAAUCAUAUAUCUUUAAUAUAUACAAAUUUUGUCAGAAAUAUGGAUUACAGGUAGAGAAAAACGAGAUUAUUUCAUCCCAGUCUUGGGUGUGUGUGAUUUUCUUUGGGGGGAAUUCAGUUCAUUAUUACUGGAAAUUCCUUCGACAUUUACGACUUUAAUAGCGCAUGAAAUCCAUCGAGAUGUGGAGCAGAAACGAUUUCGAGGAUGGCCUGGAUAUCUAUAAAACCGGUUCCAGUGCGUCCUCUCCCGGAUGGGUGCCAGGCUGUGAGUCAGCAUGGCAGGGCUCGUCCUCCAUCAGCAGCAGUAACCGUGCUAGGCGCCACAGCGCCGCCUCCGACAGCGCCGACACAGGCAUAGGAACCUCCUGCUCAGACAGCGUGGAAGACCACUCCAGCUCGAGCGGCAGGCUGUGUUUCCAGCCGCUCCGCUCACAGGGCCCCAUCCCCACCGCGCAUGUCAUGCCAUCUCCGUCCAGCUCGAAGCUCAGCGCCCAGUCCGUGCCCGGCAGCCCGUGGAACAGCAGCCGUCUCUCUUCCCCCGUCUCCAGCCCACUAGACAUGAAGGACCCUCGCCCUGUGCGCCGCUGGUCGUCCCUCACCCGCCUGAGCGGCCAGGAGAAAAGCGGCAGGACCUCGUGUCACCCUGACGCCCAUGGCUCACUGGACCGCAGCCUGCUCCACGCCCGGGCCGACUCGUCCUCCCCGCUCAAGCCGAGCACGCUGGACCUGAGCUACAGUGACUUACCCGAGAGCAGAGCUUCUCUCAUGACGCCCAGGGGGCACUCACUGGGGCAUCAGGCCGUCGGUGGGUCACCCAUCCAGCCCAGCGUAAGGACUCAGAUGUGGCUGAGCGAGCAGAUGGAGUUCAGGCCCGAAAGCACGUGGCUGAGUGAGCAGCGAGACAGGAUGAGACAGGACGCAGAGCUCGCGCAGAUGCUGGGUGGCGUUCCUCUCCCUGUGAACACGCUGGUGAAGAUAAAGGAAGGGCUGCUAAGACAGCGGGAGCUGGAGAUCGACAGGCAAAAACAGCAGAUCAUGCAGCUUCAUGCCAGAAUAAGGGAAAAUGAGUUAAGGGCGCAGCAGGUCCUCCAGAACCAGAAAGGCCGCUGUGAAGAGACAUACAUGCUUAAAACCAAGGAGAGCCCGCUGGUCAGCCCCGCGUCAUCUCUAAGCAGUUCUCAGACACCACUGUGCUGCGAAAACGGAGAGCUGGCGCGCAGGCUUGCCUCAGCGGAGGUUGAGGUCAUCCACCUUAAAGAGUUCCUCAAGCAGAACACACAGAAAUACACAGAGGACAUCAAGAAGCUGGAGGAAAAGAUGAAGACUCGUGAUCGCUACAUCAGCAGUUUAAAGAAGAAAUGUCAGCGAGAGCAGGAGCAGAACCAGGAAAAGCAGCAGCGCAUCGAGACUCUGGAGAAAUACCUGGCUGAUCUGCCCUCGCUGGACGAGGUGCACACCCAGGCCCAGCAGUUGGAGGAGGUGCAGACAAAGGCGCAGACGCUGCAGGACACCGUGGCACAGCUGGAGCAGAGCCUAGAGGAGAGCCGAACUCGCAUGCAGGAGAAGGACGCACUCAUCGAAAGACAGGGCAAGAGGGAGAAGGAGCUGGUGGUCGCCGUGCAGAGUUUACAGGAGAAGGUGGAGAAGUGUCUGGAGGACGGUGUGCGGUUGCCCAUGCUGGACCUGAAGCACCUUGAGAAGGAGAACACACACCUCCUGGAACAGCAGAGUCACGACAGCACGAUGAUCGACAGCCAGAAGCAGCAGAUCGACAGACUUACACUGGAGUUAACGGCAGUGGAGAAGAGGCUGCAGAAGGAGAAGGCCAUCACGCAGGAGCUUCACAAGCAGCUUGAAGAGAGAGAGGAGGACCUGAAGACGCUGUCCAAGAGUGUCCAGCAGAAGCAGCAGCACGUGGAUAACGGCACCAUGCUGCGUGAAGCCGGCUCGCUGCUGAAGGAGAUGUCUCUGUGUCUGCUGGACCUGAAGGCUCUGUGCAGUAUUCUCACCCAGAGAGCGCAGGGCAAGGAACCCAACCUGGCACUGCUGCUGGGCAUCAAAUCGAUGAGCUGCUCCUCCGAGGAGAACGAGAAGCCGCUGGUGGAGGACGGCCUGCGGGCCAAGCUGCUGGAGGUGCGUCAGCUCAGGAAUGACAUCGACGAGCUGCGGACCAUCAUGUCCGACCGCUACGCGCAGGACAUGGGGGAGAACUGCGUGACGCAGUAAGAGCGACCCCUCCCCCACAGGAGGCCGAGCCGCCGCCGCUUCACACGCCAACUAAAGGGAAAGGGGAAUAAAUCUGACUACUGAAUGUUGGACCAAGCUGUGAAUCGAGUUUACAUCGUCUUUGUAGCUCUGUGUUCAUCUCCGCGUCCGCGAGAUCUUUUUAUCGUGUAUUUAUAGGGACUACGGAAAAGGCCAUCAGUCAUUUCGUUACGGUUUUUUUUUUUUUUUUCUUUUCCCUCUGGACUACUACGAUUCGCAGCCACCAUCCACAUUUGUAACUGCAAGUGUCAUAUAGUGGUCACCAUGACAACCAUACCAUGAUUUUACACCCUGUAUGGUUGGAUAAAUUCAGGAACUUCACUGCACUUAAAGGGCAAAGGGGAAGAAGAAAAAAAACCAAAACAUCUUGUAAAAAUAAAGGACGUGAGCGAGGCAGUGAUGAGCUCUCACACAUUGUGUUCAGAAAAUCACAGCAAUGCAAAGGGAGCCACACUACACACAUGCGGACAGUGUGGAGAAGUGUGUGAAGUGGUUCAUGCUGCUCCAUCAAGUGCCUUGUGACGUUCCAGUGCGUUUGCUGAUUGUUUUACGUCUCCAAAGCCCAAACCGUGACAGAUCCUCAGUCUCGCCCAAAGACAUUCAUCUCCUCCACCGAGCGCUGCUGGUCGCGGGUCGACACCGAAGCAGAUUGAGCUCAUUUCCACACACAAAGUUGUUUUCUAGUGGUCUUCCGUUCAGCACCUUGUAUUUAAGUGUGAGUCUUGCUUUUUUUUUUUCUUCGUUAGACAGGUGUGUAUGUGUGUGUUUCAGUAAGACUGAUUAAUGAUGUAAGCGAUCUAGGCUUGAAGACAUGUUUUCAGGUCUGUGGGUCGCAGGGAAAUUACUGGAAUUCAGGUUACUGUUUUAAAGAGAACUUUUUUUAUUAUUGAUUUCCCACACUAGCGUUAAGAUCAGGCGCUAUGUAGAGACUGCUACAAUAGAGGUGGGUAAAACAAAAAUGCACAAAAGAUUUUUAUACUUGGAGUUGUGUUACAGUUUAAUGCAAAAAAUAAAUAAAUCUCUCAGGUACACACAGCCGGCAGUGUUUAAGACAACACCGUUGAGGUGGACCCGCUCUGCUUUCACAUUUCAAAAAGGGAUUUUUUUUUUUUUUUUUUUUUUAACUCCACAAGAGCCGAGUCAUCUCUUCCUCUCUUUCUUUUUGGUCCUCCGUACUUUUUGCCGCCAGAUAUGACUAGUUCUUGCUCGGUCAUGACAACCCGCACACAAACAUUUCCUGGACAAUGAAUGUUUUUGUUUUUUUUCCAGAUAUUUAUUUAUAAAAGUUGUUUGAGCUAAAGCUAGCUUUGGUGUUUUGUUUGCAUGAGCUUUGUGUGUGUACGCGUGUGUUUUAUUGUUCCAGAUGGAGAUUUGUGCAGGAACAGAAGGUUGCUGAAGCUGGUUCAGACAUAUAUAAAAUGCUAUGCAAUCUCAUUUACCAGCACAGAAUUCAGCAGACGUUGCUUUCCUGUGCCUUUAUAAACCUAUGCAGCAGAGUUCAGCAUGUCCCAUACGUGUGCGUCUGUAGAUAGAUCUAUAUAUAUAUA